AUGGCGGAGCGGAAGGGGCGGGGCCUCCAUAAAGCCUCGAGGCUAGUGGGCUCGCGCUUCCAGUCGGCGCUGAGCAUGUUCGCUGGCGCGCCAGGUGACCGCGGGCUCCUGCUGCUGCCGCCGCUCCUGCCGCUGCCGCAGGUGGCGCUGGGCUUCGCGGAAGGCAGCUGCGACCCCUCGGAUCAGUGCCCGCCCCAGGCCCGCUGGAGCAGCCUGUGGCACGUGGGGCUCCUCCUGCUUGCUGUGCUCCUACUGCUGCUGUGUGGGGCCACGGCCAGCUGUGUCCGCUUCUGCUGUCUCCGGAAGCGGGCGCACGCCCAGCCACACCUGCCAUCAGCACCUGAGUCCUGCGACCUGACAGCCAUCCCCGCGGACAGCGACAGCCCCAUGCACAGCACUGUGUCAUCCUACAGCUCUGUGCAGUACCCGCUGGGCAUGCGGCUGCCCCUGCCCUUGGGGGAGCUGGACCUCGACUCUGUGACCCCUCCCGCCUACAGCCUGUAUGCCCCUGAGCUGCCGCCCUCAUACGAUGAGGCCGUCAAGAUGGCUAAAACCAGACAGGAAGAGCCACCCCCUUCCCAGUAGCCCAGCCCCCUCCCUGAGGCCUCAUGCCUAGAGACCCCUCCAGGGCCCCAGGAGUGGGGCCGCAAUGCCCAAACCCCUGGCUGUAGCCCUGGUGCCCCCCGGAGCAGGCAGGAAAGCUCUCCCGAGCCUCCCGAUGCCACCAGCCACUCUGUGCUCACAGGGGACUGUGCAAGGGCACCCCAGCCCACCCUCACCAUCCUUCCCACCCGGGAAGGCCAGCCGUCCGGCACAUUGCUGCAGCCCUGGCCUCGUUGCUAUGUAACGCUGGGCAUCUGAGCCAGCCGGCCCUGUGUUGGCCACACACACACACACACACACACACACACACACACACACACGCUGCUACGUUCAGCCCUGGCCCCUGGCUCAGGCCCAGCAGGCCCUCAGCCCAGAUGAGGCCCCACAGACCUAAGCCUCAGGGCUCAGGGCCUGCUGUGAUGUCUACAGCUUUUUGGAGAGAGAGAGAAUAAAGUUUCUAUCUAAGUGAUCUCCAUAUGGAGGAAAGAGCUCCGGGAGGGGCCCUGGGGCAGCCGCCUCCCAGGGCAGGCAGGCAGUGUGAGUACGUGGUCCUCAACCUAUGCCCAGCCUGGCCUUCCAGCUGGUGUCCGGAGCCCAGAGCUGGGCUGUAGGCAGUGUCAGGUAUCCCACAGAAGUGAUGGCCCAAGUGUGAUGGGCAGCUCAGGAGAACCCUCUCCCUUCUCCAGACCCGCAGCUUUGCAGCCCCUUUUUCCAGCCUUGGGACAGUGAAGCACACACGAGUCUGGCUGGAGCGUUUAUUGGCCACGGAGCCGGCGUGGGGUGGAUGACAGGGUGGGCAGCAGGGUGAUGGCAGCAGGCAGCGGGCUUCCCACGGCCGCAGUGGCUGCUCCUACUGGACCAGCUUGAAGGACUCCCCAGUCAUCAUGGCCACGAACUCUGAGAGCAGAGGGACAAGUAGGCAGCCUGGCCUGACCCGGCCGCCGGGCUCCCGGGGCCCAUCUCCCACUCACCCUCGUAGUCUAUGGUCCCGUCCCCAUCCUUGUCGGCUUCCUGCAUCAUCCGCUCGGCCUCCAGCUCGCUGAGGGGCUCGCCCGCGUUCGUGAGCACGUACCUGCAGGAGCCUGCGCUGAGUGGCAGCCAGCGGGCCCUCCCUCCGCCCCCGCGCCCGCGCCCAAGCCCGGCCCCGGGCCCUACUUGAGCGUGUCCCAGUCGAUGUAGCCCUUGCCCUCCUUGUCGAAGAUGCGGAAGGCCGCCCUGAGCUCACUCUCCUGGUUCUGGGCCUUCUCCCAGUACACCCCCAUCAGCGCCAGGAAGCUGUCGCAGUUGAAGAACCCUUUCUCUGCGGGGAGCAAGCGGCGGGUGCCCGAGUGAGGGCGGUGAGCCCCUCCCCACUCACACCCCGGUGAUGCGCCCCCCCCCGCUGCCCCUGGCGGCCUCACUGUCUCUGUCCACUUCCUUGGCCAUGGAGGCCAGCUCGCUCUUGGUGGGGUUGAUGCCCAUCAGACUCAUGAGCCGCUCCAGCUCGUCCGUCUUCACCGCCCCGUUGCCCUCCUCAUCAAACAUCUCAAAGACUCCCUUGUACUCCUCGAUCUGCUCCGCCGUCAGGCGCUCCGUCUGUGGGGACACGGGUCCAGGCUCGCCAGGGGCCCCUCCACCCCUCAGUCUGGGGGAGGCUGGAGGCCAGGCGGCACAGGAAUGGGUCUUGAGGGGAGAGCAAGGCUCCGCGAGGCCACUCAGAGGGGACGGCGUUCGAGGCAGGGGCAGGCCAGCCACGUGAGAGUGCAGUGGGGCAGCGCUGGACAGCCAGUGAGGCCAGGGGAGGGACACCAUGGCCAGCGUGGGGAGGAGCCUGGCCUGGGGGCCAGGGGGAAGGCCCCAGCCUGUUCUGGUAUCCCAGAGCGAUAAUCCAGGGCCGGGCCACCCUGCCUGCCACCGCCCCGGCCGCUUUCCGAAAGGGCUGCUCCAGCCUGGGCCCCAGAGCAAGGGCGGUGCCAGUGGCCGGCAGGGCCUGGCCUCGGGCCCCCCACUCCACGCUCUCUGCCCAGCCUCACUGGACGUCUUCCUCAGGUCCCCAGAGACCCUCCCACCUUUGGUCACGGCCCCAGCCUGAUCCCCGUGUGCGCAGAGGCCUGCCCGCCGUCCUCUCUCCCCCAGGCACUGCCCAGCUCCUGCUGGACCGCCCAGCCCAGCCCGCCGGGGGCUCUGCCGGGCGCUGGGAGCAGCCUUACCAUGUCUGUGGCUGGCUGAGGGGACACUGCACGGUGGCGCUGGAGCUGCUGUGGGCAGAGUACAAGGGGCAGAGGGGGCGGCUGAGUUUUAGCGUAUCCAGCUGCCCGGGGUCCCUGGGGUCCAGAUUCCAAGAGCCUUUUAUGGCCAGGAGAUCCUGUCAGCCCUAUUUUGGGACAGGUUGGCCCUUCCCCACGUGGCCCUUCCUGGCCUGAGCAGCCCCUCACCCCAGAGCUCCCUCUCUGACCCUGGGUCCCAGCCAAGGCCCCCCUGGGCCACGGCAAGGAUGGACAUCAUGGGCCAGGGCAGGAGAGGGGAUGUUCCCUUCUCCCCAGUGAGCCCCUUCCCCCCACUGUGCAGCGGGAGGCCCCACGGGCUGUCAUCACUUCUUGGUGAGGGUUCUUGUUGACGGCCCUCCCUGGCCAGGUGUUGCCCUCACAUCCCCAAGGACCCAGGGCCCAGCAUGGUGCCAGCACUUUGCAGACACCCUCUAAAGACAGGUUCAAUAAACAAAUGCACUGGGGUCCCCCUCGGGCCACCGUGUGCAGAAGGGGCUGGGGGUCCACAGUCCCAGGAGAAGACAGCUGGCCACGAGCUAGGGGCGAGAGGAUGCAGAGCAGACGGGACCAGGGGGCUGGACUGGCCAUGGGGAGGCCAAGCCAGGUGUCCUCUGGGCGGUCAGGGGCUAUUCUCAGGGAAACCUGACCCCCUUCCCCUCAGAAGAGCAAAGCUGGCUCCCGAGGGAGCCCCGUGGCCUGGCUGUUUAGUAACAGGACGCCACAGCGGCACACACACCCCUGCCUAUGUGCGCUCAGCCCUCAGACACACACCCCCGCUGCCACCCCGACCCGGGGCGGCGGCUCUGGCUCCCGACUCCGGGCCCAGGUCCCUGUGCUCCCAUCCGGGCAGUGACCUGCUGGCCUGGCCACGGCGCUCGGAGGUCUGUGAUUACAAGCUGGAGCUGAGGGGGCUCCUCCCAUCCCCCCCCCAGCGAUGGUCACAGACAGGCCCCCACUAGUUCCCUUCACCCCCGUGCAUGGCCCCCAGGGUCACGCACGCCGACACACAUCUGCCUCGGCCCCAUGGCCACCUGACGAAUCUAGCAGGCGAGGUAUGCCCUGUACCCCACCGGCCGGGCUGGCCCUCUGCCUGCUAGAAUACGGAAGCCACAGGGACAUUUCCUGCUGAGGCCCAGGACAGCUGCUGAGCCUGCAAUAUCCGUGCUGACGGGGACAAAAUGGCUCCAGCGGGCACCGGGCCAGCGGCCCCGGGCCAGGAUAGAAGAAGAAGCCGGCUCUGGGCGCCCUACCUUUGUCCUGGCUGCUCCGGGCCGUGGCUUCAGGCUUUGUGACGGUGAGAAAAGAUUUUCCCACCCCUUCCCUCAAAAAUCCCCAGACCAUUUCAAGGAAAUUAGUCGCAUCUCUACACCCGGACCACAGCUGGAGGAGAAGAAGGCUGGUGGGGGCUGCCGCACGAUGGCAGUGGGGCAGGGGGUGCGGGGAGGGCAAGGGCCUGCGGAGAAGGAGGGCGUGAGGGUCAGUUUUGCAUCCCGUUGGCCAGGCUACAAGCCCAGGUGUUUGCCCAAACGCUAGUCUAGGCGUUGCUGUGAAGGGUGUGUUUUUUCAUAUAUGUAUUGAUUACAGUGGUGAAAUUAGCAUAAAAUGUUACUCAGAAAAGGGAACUAACGUAUACUGAACAUCUGUCAUGAACCACAGUCUUUUCGUUUGGUCUUUAUUGUUUGUGGUACAAAGCACAAAACAUAAAAUUAACCAUCUUAACCAUU